AUGAGCGGCCACAUUGGCCAGGUGCUGCAGUAUCAUCUGCGCUUCUAUCAGCUGCUCGGACUGCACGGUGUUCCGCUCUCCGGAGACGGGCAAUUUUCAUGCAAGGCAAUCAUACUGAGAAUCUGGGCGGGAUGCCUCUUGAGCAGCCUUACGUGGGUGGCUUUCAUGUGCGUCACCAGCGAGGAUGAGUGUCUGUAUGAGGGCGACGACUUUGGACGCUUUAAUGAUGGCCUCAAAUUCGGAUUUGCUGAAGUUGCCGUACUGAGUAUCUACAGUGAAACGAUCUGGAAUCGUCAUCCCUUGGCACGAUUCUGGCAAUUGUAUGCUGCACUUGCUCCGAGGCCAGCGGCAACAGUGCGUCUUCAGUUGCUGCAACAUUGGCGAUUCCUCAUCACAAUCUAUGGCACAGUAUUUUUGGAAUCCCUGAUGAUUUCGGUGCUGUUCAGCCAACAGAUGGACCAACACAUUGUGCUCUUCUGGAGCACCUUUCAGCCCUUUGUCUACGUCGUGCAUCUGCGGAACACACAGUUUGUGCUGCAUUUGGAACUGUUGCGACAACAACUGUUCCAAUUGGAGCAUGAGCUGGCCCUGCUGGUGGAGUACUCGGCAUUUGCCAGUGGUGCUGCCAGUUUUUUUGGCUACGAGGAGUACAUGAGGCGACGUGUCCGUCAAAAGCAACGCAUCUAUCAAGGCAUCUACGAGCUGUAUACCUGCUUUAUCCAGGCUUUCAGCUACUCCGUGCUCACCGUGCUCCUCAUGAUCUACGUACGCAUCGCAGUCGAUUGCUAUUUCAUGUACUACACCAUCUACAACAAGAUCGAUGACAAAGAUUACUAUCUAUUGCUACCUGCGUUACUCGAGAUUCCCGCCUUCAUCCAUGUCUCGCAAAGCUGCAUGCAGAUGGUGCUCCGUAUUGCCUAUCAACUGCACAGUAUUGUCGUCAGCUCACCUGCCCUUUCCCUCCAGGUACAAAACUUCUCGCUGCAGUUACUCCAUCAGCCGGUGCGCAUUCAUUGCCUGGGCAUCACUCUCCUGGACAGUUAUUUGCUAACACGCAUUGCAACUGCCGUUUGCACCUAUAUGAUAUUUACGGUGCAAUUGAUGCCCAAGUUGAGUGGUUCAUACUAUUAGAUGUGGAGUCAA